AAUUAACACACGUCGAAUAGUUCAACAAUUGGUAUUAUCCGUCAUAACUAAAUGAUGGCCAGCCUCAAGUGGAUAGCUAUUCUACAAUUCUUAAUUAUUUUCGGUGCUCUUGGGAAAGACGAAGUUGACGAACUUACCGAUGUUGUACAGGAGAAGCUUUAUGAGGCUAUCUCCAAAACUGGAUCUGCGAUCAAAUCCGGAUCGGCAAGUCUUGAUAAAGCCGUAAAUAACGUUAUGAAAUUGAAAAAGGGAGCGGCUAAGUCGCUUAUGGAUAUAGUUAGCCAACGUACCUUAAACUCUGAAAAGGACGCACCCUCUUCCUUCUCAUCAUGUGCUGAGGGGGAUUUAAAUUGUGAAACCAAAGGGGUGCAGGUCGCAGGAUCCACACAGCAACCAAACACCAUUACUUAAUAUGCUUUGUAUUUCACGUGAAUAAAGCAAAUAACUAUACAACGCAUAAUUAACAAAUUAAAUAGUGGAUCAGACGAAUAGAACAUCCUAAAGAAACUAAAAUGUAUAUUUAAUGAAUAAAAGGAUUUUCUGUAAUCUUAA